AACUCAUCGGCGGUGGAGGACGAGUGGAGGUUCUGCCAGUCCCAUAAUCGAACAGGUCUACUACAUCCGUCAACAUUUUUGUAAUAUUUGUUGUUUCCAUUCCUCAUUUCUUAUUUUCAUUUCUUAUUUGACGCGAGCACGUCGCCAUUCACCAUGAUUCCCAUGAUAUUAUACGCUUCAGAAACUGGCAAUGCUCAAGAUACAGCGGAGCGCGUGGCCCGCGCUUUCAGAGCAAACGGCAGAGCUGUGACCUGUCUCCCAAUGGACCAGUUCCCCAUUUCAGCCCUUCCACAUACCUAUCUUCUGAUACUCCUCACCUCGACCCACGGAAGAGGAGAUCCACCCCCGGCUAUGCUCCCUCUUUGGACAGCUUUGUUGCGGUCAUCAUUACCGGAGGACAUUCUGGAGGAUGUACACUUCGCUCUUUUUGGACUUGGGGAUAGCAGUUACGAGCGCUUCUGUUACGCUGGGAAGAUGUUGCUGCGAAGGAUGGAGCAAUUGGGGGCUACAAAGAUGGGUGAACCAGCUUGGGGGGAUGAGAGAUCACCAAAUGGUAUUGAGGACGCCUUUUUGCCAUGGCUCCAGCAAACUUUAGACCUCUAUUUGCCUUAUCUGCCGUUAAUAUCUCCAACUCCCAAAAUUAUUGAAUCCACUGUUUUACCUCCGCCAAUAUACAAGAUUUCUCCCGCUUCCACUUCGAAAUCCGUGGAACACGAUCUAUCGUUGGAACGCCUUUCGAUCUCAUUCCCGAUUCCGAAUGGCAAACCUGCUCCCGUCCGAGUCGAAGAUCAAGCCAGAGAUAAAGCUUCAACAUCUAGAACCAAGCCAGAUGAUUGGGUCUGGGCUACGCUCAAAAAGAAUAUUAGAUUAACGAGCAAAGAUUGGUGGCAAGAUGUAAGGGAGAUAGAGCUGGAGUUUGACGACCCUGAUACGAAACCUUACACUGCCGGAUCAAUAUGCUCCCUACAACCCCAGUCCAGGGAGGAUGAUGUCAACAUGUUUUUGGAGAUGAUGGAGCUUACCUCACAAGCGGAUGAAGUCGUCACUAUCGAGUCUCUUCUUGAUGAGCAACCCCUUCCUUCCCAUCUUCCACCAGCUGGCACUCCGACGACUUUACGUUCGUUGCUGACAAAUCAUCUCGACAUACGGUAUUCUCCCCGUAAAAGCUUUUUCGAGUGGCUGCGACGUCUUAGCACGAACGAAAUGGAGAGGGAGCGUCUCGAUGAAUUUAUAUCCGAUCCAGAUGAGAUACAUACAUACGCGACUAGGCCGUCACGCACGAUAGUUGAGACACUAGCAGACUUUAGGUUCACUCGAAUACCCAUGUCGCAUAUCUUGGAAAUACUCCCUCCUCUUCGAAGACGGCAAUUCUCAAUUGCAAGCUCAUGGGAAGAUCAUCCGGGAAAAGUACAGCUGCUCGUCGCUUUGAUCGAGUACAAAACCAAUCUAAAAAUCCCAAGGAAAGGUCUUUGCUCAUCAUGGCUCAACGGACUCCCUGUGGGUACGCGCAUCCCAAUACACAUCGCUUCACCAACUUUGUUCCUUCCUCAAGACCCUGAAGUACCUAUCAUCCUUGUCGGUCCGGGGACGGGUGUUGCGCCUAUGAGGGCUUUCGUAGAGAUCCGAGUCAGACAAGGUGCUGCCAAAAAUACGUCCCUUUACUUUGGCUGUCGAUCGUCCACCACAGAUUAUUUUUUCGAAUCCGAAUGGGAUGUGCACCGCGAAAAGGGUGUCAAAAUCCAAGUCGCGGCGAGUAGAGACCAGGAAGAAAGAAUUUACGUGCAGCAUUUGAUAAAAAGGGAUAAAGAGUAUGUAAAAGAGUGGAUCGUAGAUAAGAAGGGAUGGUUGUUCAUCUCUGGAUCAUCUAAUGCAAUGCCCCGCGAAGUAAGAGAGGCUGUAGCUUGGUGUAUUUCCAAAGAAGGUGCGGGGGAUAUGACAGAAGAAGAAUCAAAGGCGUAUGUGGAGCAAAUGUUUGAGGAUAAGCGAGGUGGCGAAGAAAGUUGGUAGGUACAGCAGAUCCGCCGGUGGUUAAACAAAAAGAUAAGGCAAGAAGCCAGAAGUGCCAUCCAUAGUGCAAAUCAUUUGAAUGGUCUGAACUAUGCAUUAUUUGUGCAUGCAGUAUGUCCGUGAACCACUAACUAAGGAUAACCAGUAGCCUCUUAAACCCACCAAAUAACCCAGCUGCUUUCCAAUGAGGAUGUUAUCUUAAAGUACCACUGGGGCCGAAUUCCUCCAAAGAUAUGUCAAUUAUAAAGGCAAAUAGGAAGCCAACUGCGCCGAAACCUACCUUGGCAUAACAGUUCUUACAAAAAUACCUACGCAUAAACCCUCUUCCCGCAUCCUCCACACAUAUCAUCCCCUAUUAUCCUCCCUCCCACUUUACUCCUUGGGCUCUCCCCUUUCUUCAAUAACCCUCUAUCGUCUAGCGCUUUUGCACCUCCAGCAAAAGGUACACUGAUCGGCCUUUGUUCUCUGAAAUUGGGCUUAGUAAUAGGGACGGUGGGGUCGGUUGGAGUUGCUGGUUCAGGAGGUGGUGUAGAACGCUGUGGGGGAGGGCGGUAGAAUUCUGUUGGAGGAGGUAGAGGACGAGGGGAAGAGGAGGUUGUGAGAGAGGCAGGACGGUGGUAUGAAGGAGUCAUGACAGAUGGAGGAGGGGUUGGUUUAGGUGGUGUUGAGGGGAUGGAGGGGAGGACGUUGGCGUGUCGAAGGUCUGGAAGAUGUUAGAUGGGUGAAGUAAUAAAUCGUGUUCCGCUUACCUCUUGUUCCAAACAAGACGACA